CGUACGUCGAGCAGAGCUCGCCGCCGCAAGGAACACGAGCCGCGCUAAAAACUACUCGGCCACUCCGGCUCCGGGAGCCCCUGUCCCCACGAAACCGAGUUGUAGCGUGUUUCACGCACGUUGGCGGACAGGAUUACCGCGCCACUUCCCCCCGUGGUCCACGCGGCCGGCCCCUCUCGCCUCUCGCCUCCCCCGAAACUCUCUUCUAUUUAAACGCCACGCCUCGCUCCCCCCAAUCUCUCUCGCUCCGCUCUUCGCCCCGGCACUCUGCGAGUCUCCAUAGCGCUCGACACAUCACCGCGGCAACUCGCCCCGGUUCGGUUCCACCGCCGUCUCGGCAAUCUCUCCUGCCUCGUCUUCUCAAGCCCUCCCGCCCGCCAUGGCCGCGAACUCCCCCUUCGACUGCGUGCUCCUAGACCUGGACGACACCCUGUACCCGGGCAACACCGGCAUCGGCCCCGCCCUGAAGCGCAACAUCGACGAGUUCCUGCAGGCCAAGCUCGGCGUCUCGGCGGAGAAGGCCGCCGCCAUGCGCGUCGAGCUCUUCCGCACGCACGGCAGCUCCCUCGCCGGACUCAUCGCGCUCGGCUAUGACGUGCACCCGGACGAGUACCACAGCUACGUGCACGGCAGGCUACCGUACGACAUGAUCCCCGCCGACCCGCAGCUGGCGCGCCUGCUGCAGAGCAUCCCGCAGCGCAAAGUGCUCUUCACCAACUCGGACCGGGCGCACAUGAAGCGGGCGUUGGAGCGGCUGGGCGUGGACGAGGCCGUCUUCGACGCCGUCGUGUGCUUCGAGACCAUGAACCCGCACCUCUUCGGCGGCGAGGCCAGAGAGGAGCGCGUCGACGGCGGCGACCACCCGGUCGUGGUCCUCAAACCGGCGGUGGACGCCAUCGUGGCGGGGCUGCGCGCCGCCGGCUCCAACCCACGCCGGACGCUCUUCCUGGACGACAGCGAGAGGAACAUCACCGCUGGGAAAGCGCUCGGCCUCCGCACCGCCCUGGUUGGCAAGAGGGUGAGGAGCAAGGACGCAGACUACGCGCUGGAGAACAUCGGCGCGCUCCGGCGGGUCAUCCCGGAGAUCUGGGGCGUCGUCGCCGGCGGCGAGAGUGAACGAUCGGACCACAGCAUUGACAAGAUGCCGAUGAGGUCCGACCUGGACUCCAUCAUCCAGCCCACGUCCAUCCAGGCCUAAUAACCUCAUCCCACCCAACUUCAUAAAUAAUCAAUCAGUCAGAAUCAUGGGAUGCCACUAAUAAAUCAAAUCUCCAUCGUCUCUCUCUCUCUCACCACCUAAUCGAUCAUCAUGUACAUUAUUCUGAUUCCUGAUGUGCGUCCGUGCGCGCGUGUGUGUGUGAAUAUCUAUCUGUACCUAUCUAGCUGACAGGCAUGUACAUACACAUUUCUGAUCAGCACCGGUUGUCAGUGCAUGUAAAGCAGCAAUUCGCCAAAUUCCAAGUGCAUGACGAGUCAUCAUCUGUAUUAUGAUAAGAAUAACAAGUCGUACUUAUGUAACUAUCGCGUGCUCUGUUCUCCAUA